AUGAGUGUUAUAGCACAAAUUAAGGAUUUUUAUGAUUAUGUAUGCAGUGAUAUUGACCCAAGGGUGCGUGAUUGGCCCCUUAUGAGCAGGCCGGUUGAGCCCCUACUGUUAGUGAUCGCGUACCUGCUGUUUGUCGCUUUGGGUCCAAGAUGGAUGGCCACAAGGAAACCGUUCAAGCUUCAAUCCAUUAUAGUCUUCUACAACUUCUUCAUGGUUGCUUUGUGUUCCUACACUGUUCACGAGUUCCUCGUGUCUGGGUGGUUAUUUGACUAUUCUCUAAGCUGUAACCAAGGCGUCGACUACUCAAACAGUCCAAAAGCUAUACGGAUGGCGGGUGCUGUUUGGCUGUUCUUUAUUGCAAAAUUUAUAGAACUUUUGGACACGGUGUUUUUCAUCUUGCGUAAGAAGACAAAUCAGGUGACAUUCCUGCACGUGUUUCACCAUGGAUGUCUGCCAGUAUUUUGGUGGUGGGGAGUCAAGGCCGUUCCUGGUGGAUUCGGCACUUUUCAUGGUUUUGUGAACUGCUGUGUACAUGUUGUUAUGUAUUUAUACUACGGCAUUUCUGCUCUUGGUCCGGAUUACCAGAAAUACAUUUGGUGGAAGAAAUACGUUACCAAGUUUCAGUUGGCACAGUUCUUCAUAGUGACCAUCCAUAACUCCCAGUAUCUAUUUCGCGAAUGCGCCUACCCAUGGAAAUACGUCGCCUUUAUUCAAGGAUUUACGACCAUUAUAGCAGGAUUGUUUCUCAACUUUUACGUAAAGGCUUACCGGAGAAAGACUUACUCGACUGUGAAUGAAAAUAAUAAAAAAGACUCACUCCACAGUGAAUGA